AUGCAUCCAGUCUUAAAGGCCUUUGUGUGUGGUUCCAUCAGUGGGACUUGCUCCACGCUCCUCUUCCAACCCCUCGACCUGCUGAAAACCCGCCUGCAAACUCUGCAGCCUGCUGUGAAUGGGUCCAGUCGUGCUGGGAUGGUAACGUUGCUCUUUAGGGUUGUUCGUACUGAGAGUCUUCUGGGGCUCUGGAAAGGUGUCUCUCCAUCCUUUGCAAGAUGUAUUCCUGGGGUUGGGAUUUACUUCAGCACUUUGUACAUGAUGAAGCAAAAGUUUCUAGUGGACCGUUCACCCACAGCCCUGGAGUCUGUCUUUCUGGGUGCCACCGCACGUGCAGUUGCUGGGAUUUGCAUGUUGCCAGUGACUGUAGUGAAGACCCGAUAUGAGAGUGGAAGAUUUGGCUAUGGGAGUGUGUAUGGAGCUCUGAAGAAUAUCUAUCAGACGGAAGGGGCUCGUGGCAUGUUCAGUGGGCUCACCGCAACGCUGCUGCGGGAUGCACCCUUCUCUGGCAUCUACCUGAUGUUCUACACGCAGACCAAAAAACUCACACCUCAGGACCAGCUGGAUCCAGUGCUCGUGCCCUUGCUGAAUUUUGGCUGUGGGAUCUUUGCGGGAAUCUUGGCCUCGCUGGCAACACAGCCUGCUGAUGUCAUCAAAACACACAUGCAGCUGUCGCCCCAAAAGUACCACAGGACAAGCCAGGCCAUUGCCUUCAUAUACAAGGAAUUUGGGUUGGCUGGCUUUUUCCGAGGUGGUGUGCCCCGGGCCCUCAGGCGGACUCUGAUGGCAGCAAUGGCAUGGACAGUGUAUGAACAGAUGAUGGAAAAAAUGGGGUUGAAAUCUUGA